ACAGGUGGCAGGCACUCAGACAGGAUGCAGUCCAUCGCGAGGAUCGCCAUGUCCAUGAUACUGGUGUCUUCGGCAUUUGCCGCCUACCAGACCAGCGCGAAGCUCCGGCGAGACGGCGUGUUGAAUCUGUACCCCUUCCCAAGGGUAGGGCGCGCGCAUCACACCUGGGAGGUGCCGCUCAAUGACUUUUAUUUAGAAUACAAGCCAGCAGAGAAACGUCAACUAUACGCGUUUCCACGCGUCGGCCGCAGCGAGGUCCGUGGGAACCCCAGCCUGUACCGCUUGGAGGAGCUGUUCCACCGUCAGAACGAGAAGCGAGAGGGCGAGAACGAAGACAGCACAGGCAUGUGGUUCGGGCCCAGACUAGGGCGCGCCUACAAGAGCGAAGAAGACUACCAGGCGAACGAACACAGCGAACCAGAGCACAUCGAUCCCGAAGUCGAGAGAAAGAAGAGACAUACUAACGAAUAAGUUACCUCCGACUGAAGCAACCCUUUUAGUUUAAGACAGUUACACCUCCCCUGACACAUCGGUGCCAACGAUUACGUAUACAGGGUGGCUGGCACUAUCCUAUCUAUGCAUUUGAAAAUUUUUAGAACAAACAAUUUAAUUCUGGUUGAGAUGUUUUUAAAAAACUUGUUUAUACGGCAGUCAAUUAUAAUAAAGUUGGAAGAGAUUUCUAAUUACGUCGUUUGCCAUUCUAAUACAAACAUAAUGUAAUUUUUCUAUUUGAAUUUGUGGUAAUCGAUUACUAAAAAUUAUAAUAUAGGAUCUUGCAUGAACAAUUGUCAUUAGAUUUUUUGAUUAAGUCGCAGAGCUCUUGGUGGUUGUAAACUAGAUUUCGGAUAUAGUAUACAAGAGAAAAGAAUGGGUAAUUUCAUGUAAGAAAUGAUAAGUUUGCAUUUGAUCUUUAAAUGUUUUGUCUACUUAAAACUUAGGAUUCUGGUGUAAUGUUUGAAUAAGUAUGCACUGACUCGUUGCUAAUUAUUAAGUAACAGAUAUCACUCUCUUUUUCUUUUUAAAAUUCACGAAAAAGAAAUAGAACAUUAUUAAGCACCACACAGAGCUAAGGAGGCUUCAGACGAAUCAUAAUGUGUGACAAAACAAAAACAAUUACCACGAAUGUAUGCGUAACUUCGCUCGCAGUUCAUUUUGCUCAUGAUAUGCUGGUACGAGCAGGAUGCAUGAGUCAAGUUCAUGUUCGAUCUGUUUUCGUACAUUCUGCCCAUUUCCUACACACCCUGUAUAAUUACUUACGUUAUUUGAAAUUAUUUAAAUUAUUAAUGUAUACGAAAUAUCUGAAUUUAUUUAAAUUAUUUACGUAUACGAAAAGAAACGUUACCGUCAAAGUUAUUGUGACUUAUGUGUAUAUUCGCUAUUAUAUAAUUAAUAUAAACCUAAUAUUAACUAGGAAUAAGUUUUGCGAGGGUCGGUCCCAAGGCUGGAUGGAUUUAUUUGUGUAAUCCAUGGGGCUACUUUCGUAAAUUUGUUGUUCAUAUUUAAAUAAAGUAUAAAUAGUAAUUGUUUAUAUGCGCCAGUUUAUUGAAACAAUAAAAGUGACGCUAAUACGCGCAA